AUGUCAAGUGCCCAGCAAAGCUUCAGUGCAGGCCAAACCGAAGGCCAGACUCAGAUUAAGGCCGAAAACUUUGUCGAAUCUACCAAGGAAUCAGCUUCAGCAGCUGCUGACCAGGCUCAUGCAGCUGCCAACACAGCAGGGGAAACUGCUGAGCAACACAAGGAGGAAGCUGCUGGUUUUCUCCAACAGACUGGGGAGCAAGUGAAGAACAUGGCUCAAGGUGCUGUGGAGAGUGUGAAACACACACUUGGAAUGGACAAGAACUGA